CUUUAAAAUCACACUGGGGUAUCCCUGGAAGCCCCACAGGUAAGCCCAAUGCUUGCCCAAGUGGUGGCUGCCCAGCCACAGGGAUCUUUUAAAAUCAUUUUCUUUUUUUUUUGAGACAGAGUCUCACUAUGUCGCCCUCGGUAGAGUGCCGUGAUGUCACAGCUCACAGCAACCUCAAAUCUUGGGCUUAAGUGAUUCUCUUGCCUCAGCCUCCCAAAGUAGCUAGGACUACAGGUACCCCUCACAACACCCGGCUAUUUUUUUGUUGCAGUUGUCAUUGUUGUUUGGCUGGCCCAGGCUGGAUUCGAACCUGCUAGCCUGGGUGUAUGUGGCCGGUGGCCUACCCACUGAGCUACAGACACCGCCCCAAACAGAACAAUUUCCAAUGGUCGUGUUACGAACCCCUCUGCUGCUUAAAACCCUUCCUACAAUUAUGUUUCUGUCUUGAUUAAAGUCCAGAGCCAUGAAUGUCUCCCCCAAGAACUGGCAUGUGGCCCCAGCCCCUGGAUAGCAUCUGCCCUGUUCCUCACACAGUUGGUAACACAGGCGAACUCAGGUGACCUCACGUAGGGAACCACAUAGGUGAUCUCACAGGUGAGUCACAUGCAGGUGACUCACACAGGUAACCUCACUCAGGUCUUUUAUACACACGAAUUCACGUGACCCCAGACAGAUGGCUCACACAGGUUGACUGACACAUGUAUUCAUCCAAGUAGUGACACAGAGGUGAUAACACAGGUGGCUUCAGACAGGAGACUUCACUCAGUGACCUCACAUAACUACAGACAGAGGACCACACGCAGAUGAUGAUUCCACACGUAUGGAUUCAUAUAGGUGACUCUACACAGAUGACCUCAUACUGGCUCUUCACAGGUGACCCACAUACAGGUACCGUAGACAGGUAACUUCACCUGGGUCCUUCCCAAACACGACCUUUUAUCAGUGACCACACACAGGUCCCUCACACAGAUGUUACACACAGGGUCAGCACACAGGUGACUUGAGAUAGGUGAUUCCCUACAGGUGAACUCACGGGUAACUAUACACAGGUUACUGCAGACAGGUGACCUAGUACAGGUGAACUCACACAGGUGACCUCAGGCAAGUGUCUCACACUUGGUGACCCUCUGUCAGCUCCUCGCUGGCCCCAUUUUAUUGCCCACACUCAAACUCUGUAAGCUCCCCAGUAUUACCCCCCAACGACCAUCUCAGCUUAGGGGACACACGUCCCCAAUGCCCUCGCCUCCUCCUUGUAAUCAGGGCUAUCACCACAGUAGGUACGUUGCCUUCUCAUCCUCCCUGUCCCCAGGUGCGGGGCCCUCACGGUCCAGGGCACUGUCCAGUCCAGGCACCAGGAGCAGCGGGUGUUAACUCCUGUGCUAUAGAAAGCUUCAGUCCAGCCCUCUACACAGUGCUUCACAUACAAAUCCAGUAACUCCACGUUGAAGGGUGACUGAUGGUCAGCUUGAGAUGUCUACCCCUUAACUAGACAUCUGAAAUUUCCUCAACACAGAAUGAAACACCAUCAUAGUCUCUCUGUGUCCAUUUCACUUGUUAAUAUCCUCAAAGCAAACUUGCCAGUCAGAGGUAAAUUCACAGGAGGGAACUUUGGAUCUGGAAGAAAAAGCUUUUUUUCUACCCUUUUAAGUUCUUUGAUGGAGGCCUGCAAAUUAAACUGACAAAAGUCAGCUUAGCAAAAGAAAAACCCAUCAAGUUCAUUCACAUUGCAUUUAGGAGCUCACAAAAGAACUGAUUCCUUAAAUAGCUAAAGUUACGGGCUUAUAUAAUUUACCUAAUAAGGAGAAAAAUCUUGUAUACAGAAAGCACAAAUGGUUUUUAAGAAAGACAUAUAAAUAUCUAGGAGAACAAAUAGGAGAUAACAAAGUGUAUGAUGGUGUUUGUUUAUGGCCUUUUCUGUCUUUCUGUGGCCAUAAAACUCCCCCAGAGAUACAAUUAGUGGCAGUUUCACUGCUGGGAAGGAGGUCAUCUUAAAGAGGUCAUCAAUGGCAUUCUGAAAAGCUUUAUGCCUUUAUUCAAUAGACAAAGAAAGAUCCAAGAAGGCUUCCUUCUGCAUCAGCUCAAUCUCCAAUAUUUUCAGUUUAAAAUGACCUUCAUGCUCACUCUGGCUUUUGAGUGGAUCCCCACAUCUGCAGGUGAUGCUGGGAAAUCGAUCACUUACCAUUUUAAUUCCACUAUUUUUUUUUUCCAGGGAGGCUCCCCAAAGAAAGACCCCGUAAGUAUCACUCUCUUUCUCUAUGACAUCCUGCACCUGAGCCAUGAGUCACCUCAAUGUUCAGCACCCACCAAGUAGAACUGCUCGUCUGGGGAUAGGGAGGGGGUCAUUAUCUAAUGAGGGAGUUCUCCUGGAUACCCAAACUGUGAGGGAACAAAUUUCUGUUAAUGCUAGUUUGUGGUACUCCCUUGUGGCAGCCGCAGGAAACUCCUACGGAGGUGAACAUGCCCUCAGCCACUGGAGGGCAGCAACAUUGUGCACCAUCAGAUGUGGGGUGAUCUAUAUCCUACAGGGGCACUUGAGUCUGAGGUCUGGGUGGGGCCUACGAAGCAGCCACCAGCUCCCAGGUGGAGAUGGGGCGGCUUUGACCCUGUGGACCACAUUUUGAGUGGUAGGAGAAGUGAAAGGGGAUGAGAAGCUGUCUGAAGGCAUCUUUGGAGGCCAGCAUUGGGGAGAUACCGUUCCUUUCUGGGCCACACCUGUGGCCCCAAUGAUGUCUUACCAUGCUCACAGCUGUCUGGCCCAGAAGGAGGCCAAGGGGAGGGGUCUCUCCUCCGGGGAGAGUGGAGUCUCUGCCCUUUGUCUGAACUUCUGUCUUCACCGGCUGACCCAGCAGCCCCCAGCCCACCUCUGCCUUAGGGUGGGGAAGAUAGUUUUGCAGAGUCUAAGGUAAAAAGCAUCACUAAUGAAACCAAGUUUUUGUGCCAUGUAGACACAGUCCCUCCUCUUGGCUUUUUCCAAUCUUUGACUUUCUGGUGAUGCAAAAAUGAUAUGCACGGCUCAGUGCCCAUAGCACAGCAGUUAGCACCAAGGGUGGCAGGUUUGAACCCCUUCCGGGCCUGCUAAACAACAAUGACCACUGCAACAGCAACAAAAAAAACAGCCAGGAGUUGCGGUGGGCUCCUGUAUUCCCAGCUAUUUGGAAGGCUGAGACAAGACAAUCGCUUAAGCCCACCAAUUGGAGCUGUGAUGCCACAGCACUCUACCCAGCAUGACAAAGUGAGGCUCUGUCUAAAAAAAAAAAAAAAAUUAAAAAUAGGCAUUCAGUUAUAAAGUUCCCAGUGUGCAGCAGAGAGAAAUCACAGCUCCCAGUUAGCCAUGCAUUUCCAGCUUAUAUAUUUUCGGCUUAUGAUGGGUGUAUGAGGACGCAUCCCCAUCAUAAGCCGAGCAGCCUUUAUCCCCACAAGAGCCAGAAAAACAAACUGGGUUCUUUAAGCCAAGAGACACAAGGCAAGGGCAUCUUCCUGGAUGGGGCUCUCUGAGGUCCUGCAGUCACCAUCCAUCUGAUCUUGAGGUUGUACAGAAACACCGUUACUUCUAAGAGGGCAGGAUGGGGGACUCUGCCUUCCUGUUGAUGGCAGCCUCUGGGAGGGCCCUGGUGCCCAGUGAUGUCACGACAUCGUGGUUCUGACAUUGUGGGUAGAUGAGAUGGGAUUUUUUUUUUUUUUUUUUUUUGGCAGGGCCUGGGUUUGAACCUGCCACCUCCGGCAUAUGGGGCCACUGCCCUACUCCUUUCGGCCAUAGUGAUGCGAUUUUGCGCAAGUGGGAGCUGUGUGAGGGCGGCCCCCAGCUCGGCUCAGGAGAUGGCCUGAGCGCCUUCAUCACAGAUCUUCCCUCUGCAUCUCGCUGACACACUUGGGCCAAGAAGGUUCCACGCAGAGACUGUCCUGUUUUCCUUACGGAUAGCAGGUGUCCUGGGCUCCGUUUCCUUUGGGUCUCUGCACACUCAAAUAUCCAGGGCAUCACGGUUACCUGUGGCCCCACCGCGGAUGAAGAUGCGGGCCUGUGCACGAGGGCACCUGGGGCUUCUCAAGGAGCCACUGACCUCAAGGGCAGGAGCGCAGGGCAGCCCUGCUCGCGUGGAGCCGGAAAUGAGCUCUGUCCAGCGACGCGCCAAAGAGCAAGACGCUCAGAGGUGGAUUGCAUCUCGGCCCCCAGAAGCUGUGCUCCCCGAUGGGGCCUGUGCCCGGCCGCCCAGCUUCUUAGGAUAGAGUCAGAAUAACCACAGCGCCUCGCAGGGCGGUGCGCACGCUGCGGGAGAGGCGCAGGCAGGCGAGGAAAGCCGAGCGCGCCUCACAACCGCAGGCCCUUCCCGGUCCUCACCCGGGGUGCCCCGUCGGACUCACACGUCGGGCCCCCGCGUGGAACGCUCGGACAUCGCAGCGCCCCUAUCCGCAUCCACUCCGCUCCCCAACGCUCGGUCUUCCCUUUUCUUUCAAAGGUUUUCCAACGAGGACGAGACAGGAACGUCUACCCGCUGCCCAGUUCGGACGCAAACGGCGUGAACACCCUGCGCAUGCGCGUUCGGCACCUGCGCAACGUCAUCUGGAGCGACUGGAGCGCGACGCUGCCUUUCGGUGUCCAAGAAGAGGGUUACAGUGGCGCCCCUGUGGCCCUGGCCAUGCUGGUGCUGGGGGCGGUGGCCCUGCCCACCCUGGUCAUGUUUGUCUGUAAAAGGUACUCGGUGACACAGAGACUGUUCCCUCCCAUCCCACAGGUGAAAGGGGAAUUAGCUAGCAUCUUUAUUCCAAACCCAGAGGUCUCCUGGGAAGGGACCCAUCUACCUCCAGGCUCACAGGAACCUGAGGACAUCCUCAUUGUGGAGGAAACACCAUAAUUUCCGUGUGGACGAGCAGAGAUUCCUGCUUCAGCCUCACCCUCUAUUUCUGAAAGUAUCUUUUCUAUAUGUGUUUGCUUAAGCGACUGUCAGCAAUUGUGUUAUUUGUGAACGAUUUCUAAUUUCCCCUUCAAAACAGUGUGUAGAGGUCGGGAGCGGGCACAAAAGCUUCUUUGCAGGCAUAUUUCUGGAAAGGUGUCAUAAAAUUGACCCAGAUGCCAAAGUCUCGGAUAUUCAUCCACAGGGAAGAGUCAAAGAAAAACACUGCAACUCCACCUUUUCUACCUGCCCCAUCCUCGGUCUGUUGGUUGGACCCUCAUGAAAAGAGCUCCCACAGGCUGGUAGGAGUGAUGGAGGCCCCGUGGUUAUUGGCUCAGAAACACCAGGCAGGAUGUAUCUGGACGUUGACAGUAUGCGCAUUUUGUCCCAGAAUCUUGCCUUUUUACUGCAGCAAAAAUCAAACACGAGGGCAGGAACCUCCACAUGGAUUCAUCUGCAGCAGCAUUGAUUUGCAAAGAACCGAUAAAAAAUAAAAUGUGUAAUUUGAUUGUCUCAAUGCACUAUUUUGGAGUGAGCAGAAACCCACACAAUGAAACGUUCAAGUGUUGGGACAGCCUAACAGUGGGUUCUCCUCUGCGAACACAUUCCCAAAGUUGUGCCCUUGGGAACGAGGGCUCAGGACGUGAAGAUGUUCUCCUGAUAAGUUGGCUUAUGCGUUAUACCUUCACAUGUUUGUAUGACUGUAUUAGCAGUGGGCAUCUUUCUUAGCAAUGCAAAAAUGGAGUCUUUGGGAAGACACUUUCCUGUGAAGGUGGCUGUCCCCACUUUGAUUGGAGUCAUGCCACUAUUUGAAUGGUCAGAUACUGGACCAGCCAUUCAAAAAAAAAAAAUCUAACCCAAGUAUAAAACAAAAAGGAACCCACAAAAACAGGUGGCACCAAUUGCUGAAAUAGUGCAACCCCUUACCUGAUGCUUGAUGUUGUUAAAAAUAACCUGCUAGACCAGGUGUGGUGGCUCAGCCUGUAAUCCUAGUGCUGUGGGAGGCAGAGAUGGGUGGAUUGUCCUGAGCUCAGAGGUUUGAGACCAGCCUGAGCUGGAGUGACCCAGAGUGAGACCCCAUCUGUACCAAAUAAAGCCGGGUGUUGUGGUGGAUGCCUGCAGUUCCAGCUACCUGGGAGGCUGAGGGCAAGAGAAUCGCUAAAGGAAGAAAAAAAAAAGAAAGAAAGAAAAUUAAAAAAAAAAACUUCAAACUAAGAUGAUUGAAAGCCAGUUAAAGCAAAAUUAAAAAAAAAAAAAAAAUAACCUGCUAAGGAGUCGACCCAUCCGAUUUGAUCCAAGGGGUGCCAGAGAUGUAGGAAGACGUUUGCUCACCAGAGUGUUGUUUAUAAGGCUUUUACAAAAUGCAAAAACCCUCAGAUGUUAUUCACAGGAGACAGGUUUUUAAAUUGUGGUGGCACAUAGAAAUUUGGGGAUUUUCUAUUUGCAAGGAAACAUAUUUUGGGAUCCUUAUAGGAAAAUGGAGAAGGUUCAGCACAGCAUGUAGAGAGAGUAAGAGUCUUUGCAGGUGGGAGUCCUGUGAGUGUGUGCACAGGUGUGUGUGUGCAGCUAUGUGUGCAUUUGUGUGUGUGUGCAGCUUUAUGUGUGCAUGUGCAUGUGUGCAGCUUUGUGUGCAUGUACGUGUGUGCAGCUAUGUGUGCAUGUGUGUGUGCAGCUAUGUGUGCAUGUGUAUGCAGCUUUAUGUGUGUGUGUGCAGCUGUGUGUGCAGUGUGUGUGUGCAGCUGUGUGUGCAGUGUGUGUGUUCAGCUAUGUAUGUGUGUGCAGCUAUGUGUGUGUGCAGCUAUGUGUGCAUGUGUGUGUGUGCAGCCUUGUGUGUGCAUGUGCAUGUGUGCAGCUAUGUGUGCAUGUGUGUGCAGCUAUGUGUGCAUGUGCGUGUGUGCAGCUAUGUGUGCACGCGUGUGUGCCACUGUAUGUGCAUGUGCGUGUGUGUGCAUGUGUGUGCAGCUAUGUGUGCAUGUGCGUGUGUGCAGCUAUGUGUGAAUGUGCGUGUGUGCAUGUGUGUGCAGCUAUAUGUGUGCACGUGCGUCUGUGCAGCUGUGUGUGCAUGUGUGUGUGUGCAGUUAUUUGUGCGUGUGUGUAGCUACGUGCAUGUGUGUGUGCAGCUAUGUGUGCGUGUGUGUAGCUAUGUGCAUGUGUGUGUGCAGCUAUGUGUGUGUGUGUAGCUAUGUGUGCAUGUGUGUGUGCAGCUAUGUGUGCAUGUGCGUGUGUUUAGCUAUGUGUGCAUGUGGGAAGCUAUGUGUGCAUGUGCGUGUGUGCAGCUGUGUGUGCUUGUGUAUAGCUAUGUGCAUGUGUGUGUGCAGCUAUUUGUGCGUGUGCAUGUGUGCAGGUGUGUGAAGCUAUGUGUGCAUGUGUGUGUGCAGCUAUGUGUGCAUGUGUGUAGUGAUGUAUGCAUGUGUGUGCAGCUAUGUGUGCAUGUGCAUGUGUGUAGCGAUGUAUGCAUGUGUGUGUGCAGCUAUGUGUGCAUGUGCGUGUGCAGCUAUGUGUGCAUGUGCAUGUGUGCAGCUAUGUGUGCAUGUGCGUGUGCAGCUAUGUGUGCAUGUGCGUGUGUAGCUAUGUGUGCAUGUGCGUGUGUGCAGCUGUGUGUGCAUGUGUGUGUGCAGCUUUAUGUGUGCAUGUGCGUGUGUGCAGCUAUGUGUGCAUGUGCGUGUGCAGCUAUGUGUGCAUGUGUGUGCAGCUAUGUGUGCAAACCCAACACCACACAGAGGUGGUGAUCUUCAAACUUCCGGUGUCUAUUCCAUUUUUAAUUUAUUUUUAUAGAGACAAAGUCUCAGUAUGUUGUCCAGGCUGCUCUCGAACCCCAGGCUUCAAGUGAGGCCUCCCAAAGUGCUGGGGUUAUAGGCAUGAGUCUUCAUGGCUAUCCAUUUUUUUUUCCUUUUUAAUGAGUGCAUUCCCCACCCCCCAAAAACCUCAUUUUUACAAUGAAAAUUAAUUUUUUUUUUUUUUUUUGGAAAAUAAAAAUGUUAGAAUCCAAUUUGGAUGUGGGAAAUCCCAACAGUGGAAUGUUAAGUGAAAAUGGGCAAAGACGGCAGUCAAGUAUAUUUGGAUGUUUGCAAACCUGUGUCCACCUGCUUCCCUUUUUCUCGCUAUUGGAAUUAUCAAGCGUGUUUUAUUGUCUCUGUUUUUCCAAAAUGUAUAUAAUAAACUUGCACUGCUCUCAUCGUGGCUAAUUCUCUAUGAAU